AUGGAACUCCAAAAAUCAAAUAGUUUAAGUUCACACACUGAAGAAUUCACAACAAGCAGUUCAUCAACUGUAAUUGGAACAGUUCAUUGCAAGAGUUCAAAGGGAAAAUUAAGACAGAACAGAAAACGGAGUUCAAAAAGACAAAGCAAGAAAAUAAUGGAACACCAAAACAAUGUUUUACAGGAGGAAAAGAACAAACAAGAUGAAUUUUAUACUUGUCAGAAAUGUUUCAAGACUUUUAAUCAAAGAAGAGGAUUACAAAGACACAAUUGCAAAGCAAUACACCUGUCUCAAAAACCUUUUAAAUGUAAGAUUUGUAAUAAUGGAUUCACAGAAAGAUUUGCACUGAAAGCACACAUGAAGAUUCACACUGGAGAAAACUGUAGUGAAUGUCAAGUAUGUAAUAAACUGAUGGUCACGGAAAGGUCGUUACAAAGGCAUAUGAAAACACACACUGAUGACAAACCUUAUGCUUGUUCAAUAUGCAAUAAAUUUUUAAAAUAUAAAUUAAGUAUCAAGCGUCAUAUGAAAACACACACGGAUGAAAAACCUUAUGCUUGUUCAAUAUGCAAUAACACUUAUAAAUAUGAAGUAGGUAUCAAGCAUCAUAUGAAACAACAUCAAGUACUCUCCAAACACAUGGAUAUGCAAUUGGAUGAAAAACCAUAUAUAUGUUCAUUAUGUGAGAAGACAUUUACAACAAAAGGACAUAUAGUAAAACAUAUGAAAGAACACUUAGAAAAAAGCAAACCUUUUACGUGUGACGUAUGUGGAAACAGAUUUCGUCAAAAAGGUGAUUUAAAACGUCAUUUACAUAGACACUUUGACAAAAAUUAUAAACCCUUUACUUGUGAUGUAUGCGGAAGACGUUUUAAUCAUUCCGGUGACAAGACAAGACACAUGAGAAUACACUCGGGUGAGAGACUAUACAGUUGUGAUAAAUGUAAUAAGCAGUAUGUUAGAAAAAGAGAUUUAGUAAAUCAUGUUAAGACAACACACACAGAUGGGCCGUACCAAUGUCAAACUUGUGAUCAACAGUUUCAAAGAAAGAGUAAUUUUACCAAACACAAUAUUAUAAAACAUUUUAAAACACAUACAGAUACAAAUGUGAAACUUAGCAGUUGUGCAGUGCAAGGAUGA